AUGGAAAAAAAGAGCGAUAAUUUUAUAGACACCGAGCGACAGCUAUUAAAACUCACACGGAGCAAAACGAAAGCAAUUCUAGAGAAGGGAAAUCUUGACAAAAUGAUUCGACAUAAAGAAGCGUUGGGGAAAAUUGUGAAAGAAUUAGAAGAGCUUAAAAUACAAGGCGAAAAGGACAAACUACAAGACGGGGAAGCGAUCGAAGAUGUUCAAAAAUGGGGAGUCGAUAUCGAAGGCGAGAUUGAUGAGACGGAUUGCGAAAUAUCACACUUAAAUCAAUAUUUAACAGAAGCCGAGGCGAGGACUGAGAACGAGAAACGUGAAAAGGAGAAAAUAUUGCUAAAACAACAACGGGACGAAGAACUGUAUUUCGAAAAAUGUAAAUUGGAACAAAUGGCUAGCUUGGGUUCGGUUAGUGUCAAGUCAACAAAGCCAGAACAAGCAAAGGUGAGCAGUGUUAAAAUGCCUAAGUUAGUAAUAACAAAGUAUGAUGGUACAUAUGAAAGAUGGCUGUCUUUCUGGAAUAAAUUUGAAGCUGAAAUAGACAAUACAGACCUCCCAGCUGUAACCAAGUUCUCUUACCUAAAGGAACUGUUAGAGCCCCAUGUGUGCGACGAGAUUGAUGGGCUACCCUUUACAAUGGAGGGGUACACCCGUGCUAAAAACAUUUUGAAAACUAAUCAUGGGAAUACAAGUGAAAUUGUUAGGGCAUAUGUAAAAAACAUACAAGAGUUGCCUACAAUAACUGGCAGGAAAGUAAACAAGAUACAUGAAUUUAUCAAGAACCUGAGCUACAAUGUACAAUCAUUAGAAACAUUGAGUAAACUAUCGCAGAGUUUGUCAAUGGUACGGGGUGUUAUAGAGAAAUUACCUGGUAUUAAGGCAGAGUUGGUCACAAAUCAG